ACGCUCUCAACCAUGGCCAGCCAGAUUUGAAAUACCAACAUUUUCCUUUGAUGUAGAGCAACACUUGCAGGCUGGAAACCAAGCAUUCCUGAAGGAUGGUUCCCUCCUCAACAAUCCAAGUUUGAUAAGCAGCAUACUGGAGAAGCUUGCAGAGGUGGUGUUUGGUUACACGGCAUACCCAACAGGGAUUCAAAUUUUGACAGUGGUCGAAGCCUUAAUCGAAAAGUUCCCAUGUCUCAGGGAACCAGGUUCUUUUAAUGGCCUUUAUGGGUGGCAGCAGAGGAUGAAAUGGAAAAUGGGGAAUUACCGUGCAAAAUUGAGAGGCCGUCAACUUGCCUGUCCAGAGCUAGAAGUGAACUCGCUGAAAAGACAGAGGUCAAAUGAGAGUGGUUCAAAGAAAGGCAUCAAAAAGCCCAAGAAAGCAGAAGUAAACUACCUGCCUCCACUGCCAGUUGGGGAUACAGAAGCCACUUUAGAGAAGGAGAGGGUAGAUAUGCUGGAAGAACUUAAGAAGAAAAACAAUGAGAGGAUAAUAUCAGAGAAAAUGGAAAGAACUUUCUCCAUCCGAAGACAGGAAGUUGUAAAGCAGUGCCCCACUAUUCAAGAUUUCAGGGAGAGAUGGCCUGCUCUUUUCUCCGAAACUCAGAUCAAGGAGGAAUUCAAAAGAAUCACAACGGUUCCCUUGGAAAGAACUUUUCUCACGAAGCUGGACUUCUACACUCCAAAAAUGCAGGAAAUAUUCAGCAAAAAAGGCGGAGUAGCUGGGACCAAAAUACGACCGCUUCUGGAUUCCUUAAACCAGCGACACAUUGAAGCAAGACGGGAGGCCAUUAUCCGCGCCCUGAUGGAAUUCCUGGGGGAGUCUUCAGGGGAACUCAUCAAGGACUACAAGGAUAUCAGCAGAGAGGCGGCUCAAGAGGACCAGGCUGAGCAAGUCCUGAGGAUCUGUGUCUUCCACACAUGCGAAGAAGAUGGAGGUGUAUCCAACGCAGAGGUGUCGAUUGUCGUUGAGGGGACUGAGGUACUUCACAACUGUGGAAGUGUUUCCAAGGCCUGUCUUCUGCUGAUGGGCAUCAUUUAUGCCAUGAACUUGAGUUACCCACCAAAAAUUAAGUACACUUUUGAAGUGUUUCAAAAGCUUCUUCUAGAGCUUGAUGUCAUUAAGCUGUCUCCGAAAAUCCUGUCUCUGCGAAACAAACUUACAACUUGAGUCCACAUGUUUGGCCCAAAAGUUGACCCUUCAAAGAGGGUUCUAAAAGAAAAAAAAAGGCUCACAGUUGUUUAUGUGGUUAUUUGUCUGUGUUCUUCUUUUUCUUCUGUUUUAAAGGUGUUAUUUGUAUUUCAACUUGUUCCACUGUAACAAAGUUAAACCACAGGUUCUAAACUGAUUGUAGAACCAUUUUAAUGGGUCACGCAUGUGAGUGUGGACUUGAAAAGAAAGAGGAAAUAUGGCACUAGUGUCAAGAUGCUCUACACUGAGGUUCUAUACAUGUUUCAUUAUCUUA